AUGAAAUUUACCAUUGCCUCCGUCCUCUUCGCCGCAUCUACCUUCGCCUUUCCAGCCAAUGUUCAGCGGGACAACACCCUCCAAAUCAGCGAGUUCCGUGCCUCAACGAGCAUCAUUGAUUCAGCCAGCAUGCACUUUGUCGUCACUGAUGCAAACUACCCUGAUGACACGCCCACCGACUGCAACCUGCUCUGGACCUAUGGAAACUCCCCCGAAGCCCGAGCCCGAUGCAACAACAGCCAGUACUAUAUUCGGUUCCCCGACGGUCCUGUCGAUUUCAACCUCUUCACUCUGGAGCUGGAGAGAGUCUCGGGUCCAUUUGCCGAAAAAGGACAAGCCAAGCUCAGCUCGAAGUCUGCGCCGUGGAAAUGUGUCAAGAAUCCCAAGGAGGGUAUCGAGCUUCAGUGCGAAUAUGACGGUGUCCUUAGUAUGAAAGUGUAG